AUGUCAGUGAGCGUCGCUCCCCAAAAUUACCUGUCUAAGGACAUGAAGGUGCUUUCUAAUGGAAAGAUCAUGAAGGUGCAAAAGGCCCGCCAAAGAAAAAUCCUCAGCUGUGUUUACUGCCAUCUGAAAAAAGUCAAGUGCUCGCGCCAACAUCCAAUGUGUGAUAACUGCAAUAAACUUGGAAUCGAAUGCAAUUAUUUCGUCAACGAGCGGGUCUCGCGAGGCGGAAAACGGUCCAGUAAAAGUCAUCUCGACGUUAAUGAUCUUGAAAUGAAACCUUCGAAUUCUCAAAAUUCCAACAACCUCACAUCGUCGCCGCAAAUGAGGCAGGAGUCGGUGUCUCUGAGCUCUGAUUUGACCAGCUCGGCUUCACCAAUGUCGGCUCACCAGCAGUUGUCUAGCAUAGAAAGUACCAGCAGUACUUCUCACGAUGAAGAAGAGGGAAACAAACCAAAAAAUGAGCCGAAUGGUCCGCAAUCUCUGAUAGUACCCGAACUAGCAAUGAACUAUUUGGGGUUGUCGAUGCAAUCUCCUCAUGGAGCGUUGCAGUCGCCCCAGAGUACACAGAACAACCAGGCCGCAAACAGUUUACUUCAGACUCCAAUCCUUAACAACUUGAACAAUAUCACCAACAACUACUUCAACACCAACUACUCCAAUACUGGCCAUAAUCCAACCAAUGAUGAACUGUACUACUUCAACUUGUCAUCUUUCACGUUUGCCAACCCGGCAGAGCAAAUGGUAAACCAACAAAACUCCCAUAUCAUGUCCCCUCAAGUUCACAGUCCUCAACACGAAUCUCCUUCAUUCAAUUUUAAGCAACAAACAAAUUUCGAAAAUGUCGAACAAACUUCCACCGUCACCAAUUUUCUCGAUAGUAACCCACAAUCGUUUACAAACCCAAUGCCUGCUUCCAACGCUCCUACCCCAGGUAUCCCCAAUCCGGGAUUAGCCACCCAGUUGGCAGGUUACCCAUCCAAUCCAGCUACCACCAAAAACUAUUUAUAUGGUACCAAUACCUACUAUGAAAACGAAAACUUGCUUGAUGACCUUAUUAAACAUUUACCUCCCACAAAGGAACGUUCAUACGAAUUGAUUAAUCGUUACGUUACUUCCGUUCAUAUUCUUCUUCCAGUUAUGGUAAAUUUGUCGGACUUUGUUAAAGAACAUGACAUUUAUUGGGAACAUCAUAAUCCCUAUGCAACCCAGUCUCGGACCUCUUCCGUUUCUGCCACUGCCAAUGACCGCCCUUCUCCCACCAACUCCCAGUCUUCUUCCGAAGGUGAGGACUUCAACAAGUUGCAAUUUUACACCCUUUACUUUUCUGUAUUAUAUGCUGCAACGAUCUCCGAAUUCGAAGAAUAUGACAAUUUGCUAUUGAAUCAAGAUAUCGACAAAUACUUGAAGGCUUUCAACAAAAUUUGCCAAUACUACAAUUAUCCUCAUGGAAUCAAAAAGGUGCCUUUGCUUUUGGGAAAUGUCAUCAUUCAGUCCACAUCUCCUAACCCCUCAACGAUGGAAAUGUCUCAGAUCAUAAGAUACGCCAAGUUCUUGCAGUUUCAUAAAGACCCCAUAUUCAGUCUCCGAAUCAGCGAUUGGGAGGUCAUCAAGUUCAGACGUAUGCUUUGGUGGGUAAUAUUUGGACUUGACGCUCUCACGAGUCACAAUUUUUGCUUGCCUCCAGUUUGUCGCUUCGAUGAUUUUAACGUCUUGAUGCCAGAUGAAGAGGAACCUAUUUUCAAAGAGAACGGGCAGUUGAAAGAAAAGAAAUUGAAUGUUUCAGUUCUUGCUUUGAACAUCAAGUUUGGUUUCGACCGAAUUUUGAGUGACUUAGUUUACCAGCUUCACAAUGGACUUGCAAACAAUAUCACUCCUCAGGAAGUCGAUGAAAUUAAAGGCAUGAUUGUGAACUACUUUCAUGAAAGCCACAAGUCAGUUUUGAAAAUUACUGCGUUUUUCAAGAAAAACCCUCCUCAAACUGUCCACGAGAUGAACUUGAUCAACUUUGUGAAGAAUCACUCUUCGAGUUUUGUCGAUCGUGCCAUUAUGCUUCUUCACAAGAAAAUAUUGUUGAGUGACACAACCAAAGACUCACGGAAGGACCUCACUGUGAACGGCAAGCGUGAUGCUGAUUCGACCCUUUUGGAUGAAUCUGACUUUUUACCUAAAAAGCGGGAUGGAGUAUUGUCAUUGAGUCAAUUCGAGGAUACAUGUCGGCAGAAUUCAGGAAGCAAACAUUAUCAGCAACUUUGA